GUUGUCUAUGCUCAGGCUACGUGAUAAGAUGGCGUCUUGAAAGUUAAAAAGCUUGCAUUCCUAAAAUAAUUCUUUGUGAUUGUUCAAAGUGUGUAAAUAGACCUAAAUAACAUAGUUUGACAUAUAAAUACUUUACAGUAAUAAUAGUUAAACAUUCGAGAGAGCCUCUUAUCGUAUUAGUGGGAAGGCAAUGUCCGAGGAGUCGGAACGCCACGGGGAGUCGGCGAGUGACGCCUCGGGCGGCGGCGCUGCGAGCGUGGCGCGGGUGGUACUGACCUCUCCCCAGCUCGACGCGGCGACCGCGGAGUCGCUUCGCGCCGCAUGGAGAACCCAGGACUCUUACAUUGACCACCUCGAAACUUUGAACAAACAGUUGGAAGGAAGCUUGGAAAAGGCGAAAGAGAUAGAGGACAGGAUAAAGCAACAGUACACAGAAUCACAACACAGAGAGAAAAUCCUCGUUCGAAGGCUGGCAGCCAAGGAACAGGAGAUUCAAGAUUAUGUAAGUCAAAUAACUGAAUUAAAAUCAUCACACGCGAGUCUCAACGGCAGACCGUCUCUAUUGGACCCUGCGGUGAACAUGCUAAUACUCAGGUUGAAGCAGGAGUUAACUUCAACUAAAGCUAGGUUAGAAGAAACACAAAACGAACUCGCGGCGUGGAAGUUCACGCCCGAUUCAAAUACAGGGAAGAAGCUGAUGGCCAAAUGCAGGCUCCUGCAUCAGGAGAAUGAGGAGUUAGGCCGGAUGACGUCGAGCGGCCGGAUAGCGAAGCUCGAGGGCGAUCUGGCCUUACAAAAGAGUUUUAGCGAAGAAGUAAAAAAGUCACAAUCAGAACUGGAUGAAUUCCUGCAGGAACUAGACGAAGAUGUGGAGGGGAUGCAGAGUACAGUGCUAUUCCUACAGCAGGAAUUGCGAGCUUCAACUGCUACAGUGAACGGCAACCGGGUGUCCUCACCCGCAGACAAACGGACUUAUUCAGGCAGUGAGUGUAGCGACACACCCGUGGGCAAAAGGAGAAGGGGCUCCGUGCUUUCGUUGGACUAUAACGAAGAGGAGGAACCCCUCACUGUCACGAACGGUGAGGCCGACUAGCCUUGGAUUGCAGUGCACUCUUAUCGCACACAUUACGUUAUGAACUAGUGAAAAUUGUGAACUAAUGUUUUCCAUUCUACCCGCCUCGGGCUGUUUCGUUGACUCGAAAUUUUUCCAUGAAUUCUUUGUGAGUGAUCAUCGUUUAUGUAAAAAAAACGCUCCCUUGGUGUCACUCGAUUACAAAUGUGAAAUGCUUCUGUAUUAGGACAUGUUGAAGUGUAUUUCUAUCUAUGUACUCUGUUAAAGAAAAAUAUAAAUAUAGACAAGUAUGUGUCAUUUCCAUUGACAAUGAAAUGGUGAUGAUUGUGACGACUGUGACGAUAUGAUGAAACAAUAUGAGUUUGAAAUAGUUUGCGUUCUAUGCACAAGGUGGACCAUGUGAUCAGAUUUAAUAGUGAAUUGUUUGUAAUUGUUUAUAUUGAUUGAAAUAUUAAGACAAACAUUUAAGUUGACAAUUUUAUAAUUUAUUUAUGUAAAGUGCAUUAUUACUUGUGAUAUAUUAGAUCCGAUACGUAUAUAUGAGCAAUGAAUGUUUUUGUUGGCUUAUUAGGCAUUUCCAUGCCACAGUUAAAAAUUUAGUCCAUGAUACAUUAUAGCAAUAAUGUUGACACCAAGCCUAUUAUAUUUAAUGAAUGCAACAUUUUUAUUGAAUUUGUGAUUUUCUACAAAAAUGUUUCUAUUUUCAAAUUACAAUUAAUGUAUAUAUAUAGAGCUAUGUUAAUAAACACAUUACUAUCAGUA